GAAUGGCGUGCGCGGUGGCAUCCGUCCCAGCCAUCGCCUCCAUCCUGGAGCCGAGCGGGGACUUCCCGGCGUGGCUGGAGACGCAGGGCGUGAACGCAGAGGUGGCCCGGGCCAUGGACUCCGAGCUUGGUAUCCGGGACUACGGGGUCCUGCGCGCCUGUGUCAGGGACGGCCUCGUGCGGGCCGAGCUGCUGGCCGCGGCGCGCGACCGCCUGCCCUUCGGCUUCUACGCCGUGCUGCGGCAGGUGGUGAAGGCCCUGCAGGGCGCCGAGCCCCACGACGACGCCGGGACACCACGCUGGGACGACGACGCGGCCGCCUCCUCCCCUGGUGACAUGACGCUGGGAGGGCUGGUGGAAGUGCUGCUCGCGUUGCUCAGCGGUUUGAGCCGGGAGCUGCUGCUGUCCAUGCGGAGGCUGGGAGGUGGUAGUGGUGGUGAUGGUGGCGGUGGCUGCGGUGAUGGCAGUGGGAAUGGAGGAGAUGGACGGGUCUUUUCUGGGGACUCCCCGCCAGACCCGGAGGGACUCGCAUCUGAUUACAGGGUGGCUGAUGAGGAGGAGGGCACGGCAAGUGUGAAGGAUGAGUACUCGGGCUAUGAUGCCACUACAGUGUUUGCCAACGCUGAACACCGCUCGCCAACACAAAUGGAAGACUACGGUGAACACUACUACAAUCACCUGUCCGAGGAACCUCGGCAGACCCCAACCACAGCUGUUGACGGGAACAGCCCCAAUGGCGUGGCUCACAACAUCAAACUGGAGACGUUUGAAGGGGAGGAGUCGAGGGCAGCACUGGGAGGAGAGGGGAGCGGCCGCCUACGCUGGGAGGAGACGGAGGCCUACCACUCAGUGGCAGCAGGGACAGCAGCAAACAGCGGAUCCCAGCUUGCAGGUAAACUGUUGGACAAAACCCCCCCAGGCUAUGUCAAGGAUGACAGACACACACCAGCAGAAUCGCUUGUGCCUCAUCCCAACCAAUUCGACCGCCAAUGGCGGCAACAGCAGCAGGAACCGCAGCAUCAGGUGAUGGGCGAAGACCGGGUUAACACCGAUUGUGCCGCAACUAGCACCACCGCAAGCCCACGGCUCCCCGCCAGCUGGCGCGCAGCCGUCAUCACCGCUGCCACUAGACGACGCAGCCGGGAGCCCGGCGGCGCAAUUAUCGGCGUUGGUGGUGGCGUUGGCAUCGGCGGUGUCGGAGCCGGCAGGGGCGGGGGACGACGCUUCGAAUGCGCGCAGUGUGGCCGGCGCUUCUCGCGUUCCGAGGCGCUGGUGUUCCACAUGCGCACGCACACGGGCGAACGACCCUACGGCUGUGACGUGUGCGGCCGUGCCUUUUCGCUGCACUCGAACCUCAAGGUGCACCGUCGGACCCACACCGGCGAGCGCCCACACCGAUGCGACGUGUGCGGCCGUGGAUUCACGCACCGCUCCAGCUGGAAGAGGCACCAGCGUACGCACGACCGCAUAUACAUGAUGCAACAGCUACCAACGACGGUGCCACCGCCGCUGCAGACGAUGGCGCAGCGCCAGUACGGCGAUCGUACACUCUAGACCUCCGCUUUGUGAGUUUCGACAAUAACGGACUCCCAGUGUGUGCCACACGUAGAGUGCUUAAGCACUUUCCAAUGAGCCAGCAAUUGGCAUACAGGUUUCCGUUAUUCCGCUGUCUGGAAGCCCAAAUGGACAGUAUGCCGUAUUCCAGCACUACCCGUAAACUGUACAAGACCGCAGCAAAACAAGACAUCCCACGGGUUUACCGGAAGUGUUACAUUCCGUGUUGCACCAAAGAAAGUACCAAUAUUAAAGCAGUACGAGCAGAACAAUGACCGCCAUUGAUCAAGCUCUGCUUGACUUAUUAAAUGAGGCGAGACGCCAACAGCGGUAUGGUACAGCAGAGGGCCUCGACUUCACAGAUUCCAGCCGCAAGGCCUGGAACCUGCUCCGCACUCUUGGUGCUGCAAAAUCAACAGCUUCCCAAACCCCAGGAGUCACAGCGGACACCAUUGGUGCUCACAAUUUCCAGAGAACACAAAGGACCCUCAAAAUGGAGGAGGUAUAGAAGCCAUCUACAACCUCACCCCAGAGGCCCUGGAUUGGCUAAAGAAUUAUGACAUGAACCUUUGACAACUUGCUGCUCCCCUACAAUAAGUCUGCUCGUCUGCAGGAAUGCAUGACAGAAGAAGAAGCACAAGCACGAUUGACCUAUUGAACACAGAUCAUGUGAUUAAUGAUGCAGUAAAACAAAUUAAACAUGUGCUUGGUUGCUAGUUUAUGCUGUUGACAAAUUAACAUCGACCCACGGUAAUGCAGUGAUCUAAAUGACACGCCCCCAUGUGCAAAAAGCUGUGAAUUCAACGCCUGACAUUGUCGGUCGCCGCUGUUGCGGGUUUGACGUUUACUGGCGCGUGCAUAUACCAACUUAAAUCUUGAUUUGAAGCUUUCAUGAUUGCAGGAAUCCCUACUCUUUGGUUCUUUCGGUAAAGUCACGUAGGUAGAAAAAAUAAUAGAUGACGACGUUUCGAUCGUGAUCUAGUGCUGCCGCGGUGGUCCACUUUACUCCAGUGACCCGGGUGCUGCCGCGGGAUCCACUUUCUGCUCCGCCUCCUCCCCCCCUUCUCUCUCCCCCCUACUGCCGAGACCUAUAUAACCUCGUGUCACAGCAGAGCUCUUGCCUACUUAGCAGGUUUUUCUUUCUGUGGUUGUCCCACCUGAUGACGAUUGCUUGUGUUGCUAACGAAACGUCGUGAUCUAUUAUUUUUUCUACCUACGUGACUUUACCUAAAGAACCAAAGAGUAUACCAACUUACAUUGAUUCAGUAGAGCCAGCUCUCACAAUGCACCGUGCAUUGCGACAUGGAUGUAUUCAAAGGUGUGACAGUUAUGCCACAGUGAUAUCACUAGAGGCAUGUCAAAGCCUGGAAGUCGCGUCACUGAUUUUCAAUUCUAUUUUUUCAUUCACGAAGGUUGAAAGUCAUGUAAGACAGGCAGACUCGAGUAUAUAGUCUUAAUAUGUAACUUCCAGAUAACAGCUGACAACUGGAUUUCUUUGGCAUGUUUUUUUCACAACAUGACAGUAGUCGGAUUUCGUGGCUCGUUUGACCAAUGGGCAUUGCUUGUCUUCACUCAUGGUUCAGAGGCAGUGCUGGAAAUUGCAUGUUCCUUUUGUAAGACUCUGGCUUUGCGUAGCAAAAUAAGAUCCACAGGUGACUUCCCACGGAGUGGUAAUAGUCGCGCAUUGUUCAGGUGAGGUCCAGUCAAACAUUACACAUUAUGUUGGCCAGGCUCCGUCCAUUUUUAAAGCAUCCACGAUAUAACAUCCAUACUGAAAAGUUCCAAGUUGCAGUCAGUCCCAUCUCUCCUUAACACCGAAGCUGAUGUUGCCUUCGCCUGUGCCCAGUGGUGCAGACUGAUUAAGUGCUGCUGAUUCUACUGAUAUUUGAGAGGUGAGAAUUAGGAUGGUGACAAUGAAGAUGAUGAUUUUACGGUCUCGUAGAGGUGAUGAUGGUGCUGAUGAUUAUGGUGAUGAGACAAGAGUUGAUCUUGACUGGAAUUUUUGCUCACAACCUUGCGAUUGUGAACCCAGAACUUUCUAGCAAGUGCGUUAUUAAUUAAGUUACAUUUUCUCGGUAAAGAAAUAGACGAAAACUAACCAAGAUAACACCGAAAAUUAAGCUACACAAAAAUGAAAAUUUAGCUUCCAUAUGAAAAUGUAAACGUGGUAAUCUCAUAAUUAGUUACUUUUCAGUUACUGUAGAUCAUGUAAGUAUAAUCAAAUUUGUAGCUAUACCAUCCGCCACCCAACAGCCAACCAAAUAAAGUUGUCACAUAGGCAAAUUAAGCCAAAUAUUUUUUUCAGCAACCCGGAAUGUUGAAAAGCAAGCAAAAGUUUGACAAUUGGAAACGACCUUUCACUGGUUAUUACAUCCAGAAUUAUCAGGUGUUAACAGAAGUUCUGCUCUUGCGUUGAGCAGAGCUGCUGUUACCACCUGAUAAUGCUGAAUGUAAUGUCCAGUGAAACGUUAUAAAAUUGCAAUUUUUUGCAUAUUUUCCCACGUGAUACAUUGAUUAGAUUGGGUCGGGUUGCGGAUAGUAUAACUCAGGUGUCAGCAACCUGCGACUUUAGGGCAGCAUGCGGGCUCAUUGGCUGUCCCUUUGCAGACAGCAGUUUAUUUUCUACUUAGAAUUCCCUGUAUUUGGUUCUUUACACUAUACAGUGUAGGACACGCGGUCCCCGCUAUUACAUUACAAUGCGUCCCUAUAAACCACGUAAAUCGGAUUCUACUUUCCCAUAGACACAAUGUUACUGUCUUGAUAACAACAAAAUAUAGUCAAACUAGAUUGUUAAAGAAUAACUCUGGAGGGGGAAAAAACUAAACGGACAUUGUUUAUUCUAUCACCUAUUUUGUUUAAGUCGGAUGUGUUUGCCAUCUGCCGCAUACCUGCUAUGUAUGUGUUCAAGUAGCUCUGCGUGUGAUGCGGCUCUCGAAAUCCCUUCGUCGAAGACAAAAAAAUUAAUCCGUAAAAACAAAGUUUUUCACUAUAAAUCCUUUAUAUGCAUGGCGGCUAGAGUCCUCUCGUCAUCUGGCUUAAGAUGGCUGCCACCUAUGGGUCAGAUGAUUGCCUGCCAGCAUUAAGCAAUUGGUAAUUAAAUAUAAUUUAUUUUUUCCUAAAAAGUGUAACAUUUUGGAAAAAAAAUUUCACGAAAAUAAAUUGUCACGCACAACGAGUCUGUGUGCAAAAUGUCAGCUCGAUUGGAUCACGGGAAGUGGGUUAAAAACGACCGAAAGAUUUGCACGGUCGUAAGCGCGCAAGCAAGCAAGCAAGUGAACUUAAUAUAAAGGAUUUUAAAAUGGCUUCUUUGAAAGGUUGACCCCUGUUAUCUCUGAAAAUGUACAUUUUACCUACAUAUAAAAUGGUCAUCUUCGUUAAAUAUAGAAUGACAUUUUCACUGUGAAUGGAAAUAUUCCAAAGCGAUCAAAAACUGUAUAAAAAAGUUCUGCGUAAAAACUGAAACUAUUUGCAAUAUUGCAAGGUAUUUUUGGUGCUUGGUAAUUGGCAUCUAUCUGCCUCCAAUAUCUCAGUGCCAAUAAAGAGACGGAAUGCUUAAUGGCAGGGAGUUGUUUUUGCGUGACUAGUUUUACUCAGGCUUUGUUGUAUGCAGCUGUACCAGUAGGUAUGUAACGAUUGAUUGAUUAAAAUCUCAUGGUAUAAUGCAUCAAAUUCCGUGUGCAAGAAUAUAUUAUGUCAUGAUAAUUACAAGGACUGCUCUACUUACGAACUUUCGACUUACUAACUUUCAGAGAUACGAACAAACCUUUCCGAAUGUCCAGUUGCCUGUUCGCACUGAGAGUCGUAAGUUCAACCAACGAGCAAUACAUGGUGGUGGUUGUUUGGUGUCAUUACCCAUAUCUCACAAGUGUACAUCCGCAGAACAUGUAGAACCAGUGGCAUCUGCAGAAGAU